UACUUUAAAAUAUCAUCAUAGAAAAAAUACACUUCACACACAUGAACAAACGGAACGAUUAAAAACACACAGCUACCAGAAGACGUCGGUGGAAAAAAAAAAGAACAACAUCCAGGAUGCAGCGAGAGCGGACCGGAAGCUCCGGUGGCGCUGAGAAGCCCGACCGGGAGGCCGCCAUCAUGUCCAAAUACUACGAUGGGGUGGAGUUCCCUUUCUGCGAUGAGUUUUCCAAGUACGAGAAGCUCGCCAAGAUCGGACAGGGCACCUUUGGGGAGGUGUUUAAAGCCAAGCACCGUCAGACUGGCAAGAAAGUUGCACUGAAGAAAGUGCUGAUGGAAAAUGAGAAAGAAGGGUUUCCAAUAACUGCCUUGAGAGAGAUCAAGAUCCUCCAGCUUCUGAAGCAUGAGAAUGUGGUGAACCUGAUUGAGAUCUGCAGAACCAAAGCCACCCAGUACAAUCGCUACAAGGGAAGCAUCUACCUGGUGUUUGACUUCUGUGAACACGAUUUGGCAGGGCUGCUCAGCAAUGCCAAUGUCAAGUUCACCCUAGCGGAAAUCAAGAAAGUCAUGCAGAUGCUGUUGAAUGGGCUGUACUACAUCCACAGGAAUAAGAUUCUGCAUCGAGACAUGAAAGCUGCAAAUGUCCUGAUCACACGAGACGGGGUCCUGAAGCUGGCAGAUUUCGGACUGGCCCGAGCCUUCAGCCUAGCAAAGAACAGUCAGCCUAACCGCUACACCAACCGCGUGGUCACUUUGUGGUACCGGCCCCCGGAGCUGCUAUUGGGGGAACGAGACUAUGGCCCCCCCAUUGACCUGUGGGGAGCAGGCUGCAUCACGGCAGAGAUGUGGACCCGGAGCCCCAUCAUGCAGGGCAACACUGAGCAGCACCAGCUCACACUCAUCAGCCAGCUCUGUGGCUCCGUCACUCCUGAGGUGUGGCCCAACGUUGAUAAGUACGAGCUGUACCAAAAGCUGGAGCUUCCCAAGGGUCAGAAGCGGAAGGUGAAGGACCGGCUCAAGGCCUAUGUAAAGGACCCCUAUGCCCUGGACCUGAUCGACAAGCUCCUGGUCCUGGACCCAUCCCAGCGAGUGGAUAGUGAUGACGCCCUCAACCACGACUUCUUCUGGUCUGACCCCAUGCCCUCCGACCUCAAGAACAUGCUCUCCACCCACAACCAAUCAAUGUUUGAGUACCUGGCCCCACCCAGACGCAGGGGUGGACACGUGCCCCAGCAGCAAGCCAAUCAGAACAGGAACCCGGCCACCACCAAUCAGACAGAAUUUGACCGAGUGUUUUGACUGGCUAAUCAGAGCAGCAAAUCCUUCAGAAAACCUCUUUAGUACUAUCAGUCUAAAAGUGCAAUUCAACCUUGCUUUAAUGAGGUACAGGUUUAAGCUGGGUUUGUGAGAUACUUCUCUGUUUGGAUUUCUGAAGAACUUUUCCCUCUUGAUUUACUGUACCUUCUUGGUUUUAGACAAAGGGUUCAUACAUUUGCAAAGGAUAGGUUUCCUAUAGAGACUAACCUCUUAGAGACUGGUCUCACUUGCUUUGCCCCAAGGCUGUUUAUUUCAGUGAUCAGUUGGGUAGAGGAAGAGAACAGGAGAUGAAGAGAUCUUAGCUGGAGCCCUAGUGUCCACAGGACAGGGGUAGUGACUGUGGGACAGCCUGCUUCUUCUCCUUCUGCUUCUGACUCAGGAGGGUGAAAUGGCCAAAACUGCCCCAAAAGUUUUUUAUUUUAUUUCAAAUAGGACAGCUGUAACCGAUUGUUCUGUUGUAAUAUCUGGUAUUUUAUAGGGAUGAAGUUUAAUAAUCUGAGCAGAUUUCAGGAACAGGGACCACUGUAGUUUGAGGGAUGUGUUCAGUGCCGUAGCACUUCCAGUGCGCACCCCUUCGAAGGACGUGAAACUUCAGGUAGUCUGUUUGACACCUAGAUGUGUUUUGUUUUUUUGAUGGCUUUGUUGUUUUUUAACAUUGUACAGCAAUGUUGAUACGAAUGUAGUGUUAUUAUUUAUAUCGUUAUAAAAAGACUAGAUUGGUGUGUUCCUGUAUUCCAUGCUAUGUAUGGUGUGUAUAAUAAUAAAACCUGCUUGUUCUGAUCUCA